AGAAGCUCUGCCUUUGCCGCAUUAUUGGAUUCUGGACGGUCAGUCGUUCGUUGUCUUGUUUCUUGUAGACAUGGCCUCUCCUUCUCCAUCAUUGACACCACCAGCUCUGACGCCGGAUUAUACUGGCUCAACUUCUACAGACUCUCAAAGUCAUGCAGAAGUCAAGCACUUGAAAGCGCGUCGUUCCACCGCUUUUUACCCUAAUAUGAAUUCUGCGAACAAACCAGUCAAGCCAUUCAGCAGAAGCGCAGCAAAACGUCAGAGCGUCAUGACACUCGGAAGCAUUGAGCAUCUUCAGCACUAUUUUACAAAGACAGGUAUCGUUGCCAAGCCCAACCCAUCGAAAAAGUUCAGCAAUCAACUCGUCCCAGCUCUCGGUGGAAUUUCUACAGCCAAAUCCGCUAAAGCGUCAUUGGGCAGUCUAUCGGAGUUCGAGUUGCCCCCAUCACCGAUCAUUCCGCAGAUACAGCAGCCACCUUUCCCUCCGUUUGUGAAGACAUAUGAAACGGACCCUGAAGCGUUCCUUCCAGGCGUCAUAGAAGACCUCAUGGCUGUUGCAGAUGCGUGGGGCUUGUCAAGUAGUAAAAACGACAGUCCGAAACGCGAUCUUGAUCUCCUUAGCCCACACGCGUCCGAUACUUCGCGAGAUCGCCUGGAUAUUCUCAACUUGCUCAAGAUCACGACGCGCGCCAUUCGUUCAGUGCGCAACUACGUUAUUGCAUUACCAGACGAUUCCGCUGGAACUCUCCGCAGCCAUUACCGCAGCAAGGUCGCGGCAAGUCCACCCCACCCAAAAAGAAACGCGUCGCACCAGAAAGCCCAGGCAGAUCCCCUGUCCCUUAUCCGCAAAUCCGCGUUGGAAGUUUUGGCUGUUCUUCGCGAACUCGAAGAGCGCUCACGUGUACCUCUAUCUGACGAGGUUUAUGACAUGCAGAGCGAUCACGGUUCCGUUCCUGAUCACAGUGGUGCAUCACCAUCACGUGUGGCAUCACCCGCUGCGAUUUCAGACACGUCUCAUGAUCACGAUCACGACCUUUCUAUAGAUCCAGACAUGUCGAUUUCUUUCGUGCACGUACAAGGUCGACACGAAUCCGUGCCGGUGUGGGAGGAUGACUACUAUGACUCGAUUAUGAGCGAAGAGGAAGGAGAAAAGAGAGAUCACUGGGACGACCGUUUAGUGCUGGGUGGGGGCUGGCUAUACAAACAGGACAUGACGCUGGCCGACUUAGCGAAGGAGGAAGAAGUCGUGCGGCGGUAUGUGGACGUGGUCGAUGAUGUUCUAUUCGGAGAGGUCAAGGAGGGCAAAAGAGGUUGGGAACGAGAACAUGAGAGGUUUGCAAAGAAAGAGAGAGAGGGCCGGGCGAAGAACAGGCGUGUUAGCGCCGGUGAUGCAGAUCCUUUUCGGUCUCCGUCCUCGCCUCCAUCGUCUAGGCGGGCAGUAUCAUCCGGUUUGCUAGAUUCGAUGCAGAGACUUACAAUGAUGGAAGAGAAUGAGGACAUGACAACCCUUACUGAGGAGGAAAGCGUGGAUGAAGAGGAUUUGCCCGAGUGGGCGAUGCGUGGAUCUAUUGCUGAACACCCGUUAGGUCGAGCGCAUGCCCUCAUCCACGCUCUACUUCCGGAACAUCUCUGUUCGUUGCUACCGCCCGCGACAGAUAGAAAUGCAUUCCUUCUCGCACUUUCGUCCGGCCAGUUUCUGUGCAUAGCGUACAACACCGGCGUCCGGUGGUCACGUAAACCCUGGGGUUUUAUUUCGCCCGAUUCCAUCCAUGAUAUCGUGGCACUGGAGGCUGCGGAAGACGAGAAAGAGAGGAGUAAGACUGGCUGGACGUUCAGACGAACAGAUAACCUUCGAUUGUGGGCUGCGUACGUUGUUCUCUUCUCCAGGUUGUGUAACUUAACGUCAGCCCGUCAACUAUCUAGCGCACUAAAAAUUCGAUAUCUCCUGCCAAUGAUCGUACCCUCCGCACCUGGCCGGACAGAUCACCAACUCAAGCCUUCACAUAGCACACCAGCAAACUCUCCCUCAAAGGUACGGUUCCCCUCCACAGAACCCCCGAUCAUCUUCGAUCCUCGCCUCGUUGCGCGCAAGGACGAGGGGUGGGACACCAUGCUCCAGGAUACUCUGCUUAGAUGGGUGGAGGUCGUCGUUGGCGAGAGAAGGGGCGAGCGGUAACUUGCUUCCUAUCUUAUCCCCGCAUUUUCACGCCUCUUUUCUCGCGUGGAUCUCUUGUUAUUUGGGUUUUUGGCUGUUUUAUUUCUAUUCCCUCAAGACUUCAUAAAUCAUCAUACAUUUCAAUCACAUCAUGCAUCUAUAUCCUAUUACUACCCAUUCUCUUAGCUACUCUAUUGCAGCUGUUUACUGUUGAUGGAUAUCGCAUACAUACCUACUCAAACACUAUCAUGAUGUACCUCGUUUAUUUCAGAAAUUCACUACGAAGGUUGACUCCGCAGCGC